UAUAAAAGGGAACUAACUCCCAGGCUCAGGCCUCAGUUGCCUGAGACCAACAUUCAGAUGGAGAAUUUUCUCUUUCCUCUGAGAAGUUUUAGUUCCACAUGGCUGAGCCCCAGCUCCACUGCCUGGGUGAGGGAUGUCAUCUUUGGCACCUUGUGUGGGAUGGGGCUCUUCCUCUUGCUACAUCUCUUCCUCCUGAGCAGUCCACCCCAAGCACCUCUGGGGGAAAAGAAGACCAUCAGGGAGCAUCAAAUGGUGAUGAAGAAGAGGAGCAAGAGCAGGAAGAAAGCCAGUGCCCUGAAAGCUUGCAGAGACUGCAGGAAAGAUCUGGAGGAGGUUCGGGAACUGAGUUUCCUUCUGAGAAGCCACAUGGGGAAGCUCCUUGACAAAGGUGAUUUCCAACGAGACCUCCCCAGUGAAGAGUGCAGACCAGCGCCUGCCAGAGCCCACCAGCCCUGUGGGGAGCGUGUGCGAGAUGCUUCUCCCACCAUCUCAUCCCCUUCAGCUCCCCAGGCCAAUGGCCGGACUGAGUGUCGUCAGCCUCUGGCCUCCACUCCAUCACCAGGACCAGUGGCCUCCACUCCAUCACCAGGACCAGUGACCUCCCCAGUUUCUGUUGGUUCGCACUCAUCCCUGGGUGCUGCCCUGCCAUCAGAGCCUUUCAUUCCCUCAGAGUGCCCUUCACCUUCACCCCAGCUUUGUGCUCCUUCCCCUGCCCCACAGUGCCCCCCUGAUCCCAUGGCCUCCCUCCCACCUCUGCCAGUCCCCAGCAUGACUCCUCCUCAUUGUGACCCCAUGGCCCUCCCACUGGGCACAAUCAUCCCAGACAGCUCUUCACCCUGGCCUUGUGCUCCCUCCCCUCCUGGACCAUGCACUCCAGACCCUGUGGCCUGCCCCUCACCUCCACCAGUCCCCAGCACAGCUCCUUCUCCAUGUGGCCCCACUUCCUUCCCACUGGGGAGAGUUCCUCCAGAAUGCCCUUCACUUGGACCUCAUGGUCCUCCCCCUUCCCCACCAUGCCCCCCUGAUCCUGUGGCCUGCUCCCUACCCCCACCAGUCCCUCAGAGUGACCCCGAGGCCCUCCCAUGGGGUAUGGCCCCGCAGAGCCUGUCUCCACACAACCACCACUGGCUGACCUCUCCUGUCCCAGCGGUCUCAGGCCUUGGUGGCUCAAGCUACCCUAUCUCAGUCCUCUCCUGGUGGCAGGCGGCUGCCAGAGCCUGGGGUCUCUCCACCUUGUCACAAGGGAAAUUCAAGCAGGAGCAACAUUCCCACCACCUGCCAGAGGUGCCACUCCAGGAAGAUGCCACACUCAGGCAGGUGGGGGCUGGCGGUGCCCCCCUCAUCAACCCCGACGUGAAGACGUUGCUGGAGAUACUCAUCACUAAGAGAGCCCAGAAGCUAUGGGAGGAAAAGGCAAGGGUGGGGCCAGACUGCACCCUGGAUCCUCUGGGGAACAUGUUAAAGUCCCAGGGGGACAGACAGAAGAACACUGUCACCCCACAGCUCUGCUGGGAAACUAAAGGCAACCUGGAGCAGCUGCCCACUCCUCAGCAGCUGGCUUAUCCCAAGGUUGUGGGCACGGGGGAAGAGCUACAGCAGAAAUGCAGCCAGCUGUUUUGGGGCCUCCCCUUUCUGCACAGCGAGUCCCUGGUGGCUGCCAUUAGGGCCUCUAAUUCUCCACCAGGAUUUCCCUCUGUCUUAUUCAAUGGACUCUCAAACUCUUUUCCAGUUCUAUCUAAACAAGUUCUAUCUAAACCAACUCCAAACCAUUUCUGGCCCAAGCCCACAGCCUGCAGUGUGACUGAACCCCAACCUUCGACUCAGACUGUGUCCUGGCCCCAGCCCCCACCUCUGGCUAUAGCCCAGACCCAGGCCUAUCUCCCACCCAGUCUCCUGCGCCUACCAGGCUGCUCACCUCAGAUUAGGGCCCCUGGGCUGCCUCGCCCUGCACCCCAAAAGGAGGUCCAAUUUCGUAUUUCAGCAGCUAUUCAGUACCUGGGAAAUCAUCUUUUGAAAAAGCAAAAGGAGAUAAGGAUGGCUUUACCCUCUGUGGUCAGAAGGUCUCAGGACAUCUUCAGUCAGCUCCCUUCCAACAGCAGGGCCUGUCAGGACUGCAGGCCCAAUUCUGACCACCCGGGAGUCUUUAUCAGCCCUGAGUUCCUGGACCAGUUAGAGCAGCACCUUCGACAGAAGUUCACAUCCCACCACUAUGGACUGCCCUGCGAGACCCAACUCACUCCGGACCUGAUGCGGCCUCCAUGCAAACUGUCAGGGACAGGUCAGGCCAAGGGCAAGUAUGGGCACUCCUGGCCCCCCAUGUCCACAGGCGACAGAGGCCAGGAGAUACAGAUGGUGUGGUCUGGGGUCCCAGGAGAGUUCCAGCCAGGAGAGAACUCAGGCCGGGACCUGGAGUGUCAUUGGGAGCCAGUCCUAAAAGACCCACCAAGGGGCUCAGAAAGUUCCCCAGUGAAGGGUCUAGGUGCCUGCUCUGAGGAACAGUCAGAAAGGGACUUGCGGCUCCCCACAAGUGAGGCAGAAAAUAUCUCAUCAAGGAGCCUGGACAAGAAGCAUCGAACAGACUUUCUCAGAGUGCACCUGAGCAGGGAGCCGGCGCACAGGGACGAGCGUGGGCUCCGUGCAGGGGCUCCUCCCUCCAGGCUGGCUACUGGCUAUGACUGUGCCCCGCCUGCAAACUCCAACACUCCCGUGGAAGUGGGAAUCCCAGCUCUCUCACAGGGUGAGGCUCUUCCUCCUCAGGAUCUGGGAGCUUCCUGGACUUUUCAGGAGCCUCCUCCCCUGGAUCAAGGUAUGCGGCAGGUGCUGGAAGAAUGUACAAGGUUUCAGGGGACUCAGAGUAGGGGUCCAGCACUCAUGGCCCUCCAGCCCAUGAAUCUUAGGUUGAAAACGACUCAACCCCUGGCCCUUCCACAUCCCACCUUUCCCUCCUUGGCCACCCAUGGACCUGGGGCCAACUCAACAGCCGAGGUAGCCAGUUUCCCCAGAGAACCACCUGGGACAGCUCCAGGAUGGACCUUGAUGACGAAGGUGGACUCCACCCUGAAGACUACUCUCCCUGCCCCCUCGUCUAUGAGUAAGGAAGUCCAGGGCACCCUGAGUGGGACCCCGUGUAGGCCCUCAGAAGCCCUUCCCACUAGACAGGAAAUGAAAAAGGCAGCCUCCAUCCUGAAGACUCCUCCCCCUCCCCCCCUACCUGUGAGUAAGGAAGUCCAGGGUGCCCUGAGCAGGACCCCAUCUGGGCCCUUGGUGGCCCCUCCCAUGGGGCAGGGGACUGGGCAGCCUUCCCAGCUCCUCAUAGGCAGCCUUGAGUGCAGAGCCCAGGACGGUAAGCCUGUCCCAGGGACUGGAAGAGGCAGCCCGGAGCCAAUGGUCCAAGGUGGGCCACAGCAGGAGAGUGCACAGGGCGCCAGCAGCAGAACGAUGGAAUCCAGGGGAGGACCCUGUUCAUCAACUACUGAAGAGAUCGGGAAGAUAGUGGAGGCUGACAAGGGGCCGACCCCUGCCUGGGGGCUUCACACUGGGAGCCAGUCAUCCCAGGCCAUCACGGGGAUCCAUAUGGUGACAAGCACCCCAACUGCAAAUGUGACUCUGUGGGGAUCAGGGUCUCUGGAGACGAGGAAAGGCUCCCCACCCUCUAGAAGCCUUUGUGCCCAGGAUGUGGCUCCUAGGGGGCUCACAGAGCAUCUUUCCAAACCCCUCGGUGGAUCUUUGCGUACCAUCCCCCAGGGAUACCCUAUAGUCUGCCUGGAUGAAGAGGCUGUCCCCUCAGAGAGUCAGCCUCUAGGCCCUGUCACUGACUCCCUCCUUCCUGACUGUGUCACUGGCACACGCUCUCGCACGCACAUCUCUGAGAUGCUCCUGCGCACAGACGCUGCUGAACAACCUCAGACCUUUCCACCCAGCCUCUCCAGCCUCAGCACAUCAGCUUCCUCAGAGCCAUGUGACCUCUUAACAAGGCCAAAGGUCAGCCAGGGGCAGCAGGCUCCUAGGACCCCAAAACUUCAGCAUCCACAAAAGAAUCAGACCAAGAUGUCUGGCCCUCCUGAGAAGAGUAAGGACUGUAGGAGGCUCAGGCCAGGAGGACAGGAACAGAGACUGGCAGGACCUCAGCGCCCCCAGGCCAGUGGGGCGAGUCACCCUGCACGGGGCAGGCAGGUAGAAGAGCUUCAGAGAAGCAAGCCCUCACCAGCACUGCUGCAGAGAGGGCAGGGUCCUGCAGAAAGCUGCUUGGGGAGCAGGAUAAAGCAGUUUCUGCAGAAAGUUUUCCCAGAUAAAGACACGAAGAAGGAAAAGCCCUCGCAGAAAGGCACACCAGUAUCAGCCCCUCCCUGGGGUCAGGGGUCAGUCUCAGGUAUGCGGUUUAUAGAGAAAGAGGUGCCUACUGCCCAUGUGCUCAUAGCUGCCAUUGACCGGAUCCUGGGGGAGAAGCUACUGAGUUAUACCUCAAAGGUGAAUUUUCAUAGAGAGGAACUCCAGGCUCCUGGAGGUGGGUAUUCCUGCUACCAGAGGGGCCCCUCCUACCCUGAGCAAGAAAGAGUGAUGGGUGCUUCAGGCUAUAGUCACCAAGCCACCCCCCGGGGCCACAGCAGUCCCAUCAAAAGCAAGUGGAUGAGAGAUAGGGACAAUUGGCCCUCUUCAGCCAGGCAGCCUGUGCCCCCAGUCAGGCCCCAGCAGCACAGGCCAUGGGGGGCAGCAGGCAUGGGCUGCCCUGCCCACUGUCCUAGGCACUAUCUCCCGCCUCAAAGGGUCUCAUGUGGCCCACUGGAGCAGCAGCCUCACGCCCUCCCAGCUGGGGUAAAGCACUUGCCCAGGUAACCGCAGCUCUGUCUCAUGUGGGCACAGCCUAUAUGCCAAGGCUCACCCCACCCAAACAUGCCUCGAUUCCUAAUAUACACAUUUGCU